ACUCCCUCACGUGACGCAGCGCGUCGCAGCCCCAGAAAGAGGAACUCAAACCUGCUGGUCUCCGAUCAACUCCCGGUCCAGCCGUUCUUUGCAUGGUUCCUGCUCGUUCCUUAAGAUGUUUUCACUCGGGGACACCAUGGAGUACCUUCUGGGGAGCCCGUUCUCCACUCCGGUCGGUCAGAGAAUCGAGAGGGCCACCAGCGCUGUGCUGAGAUCUGAGGACUGGGGCCUCAACAUGGAGAUCUGUGACAUCAUCAACGAGACCGACGACGGGCCCCGAGAUGCAGUGAAAGCCAUCAAGAAGAGGGUGGUGGCCAACAACAACUUCCAGGAGGUCAUGCUCACUCUGACGGUUCUGGAAGCCUGCGUGAAGAACUGUGGGCGGCGGUUCCACGCUCUGAUCGCCGCCCAGGACUUCAUCGAGGGGGUGUUGGUCCGGGCCAUCCUGCCCAAGCACAACCCGCCCACCGCGCUCACAGACCGGGUCCUCAGCCUCAUACAGUCGUGGGCCGAUGCCUUCCGCAGCUCCCCCUCCCUGUCGGGGGUGGUCUUGGUGUACGAGGACCUGAGGAGGCGCGGCCUGGAGUUCCCCAUGACGGACCUGGACGCCCUGUCGCCGAUACACACCCCCAGCAGGAGCAUUCCGGAAAACGUCUCCCCGGAGACGCCCCUAGUGGUCGAACCGCCGCGGCGAUCUGAGCAGCAGGCCUACGUCCCCGCCCUGAACGCCCCGCCCCCGCCCGAGAUGUCUGAGCGGCCCGUCCACCUCUCUGCUGAACAGGAGCAGAAGCUGCGGGGCGAGGUGUCUCUGGUGAAGGGGAACCUCCGGGUCAUGUCUGAGAUGCUCAACGAGCUGUCGCCCGGCCACGCCCAGCCGGACGACACCGAGCUCAUACAGCAGCUGUACACGGUGUGUAAGAGCAUGCAGACCAGAGUAGUGGAGCUCAUCCCUCGCCUGCUGGACGAGGAGCUGAUCGCAGAGCUGCUGGUGAUCAACGACGAGCUCAACAACGCCUUCAUACGCUAUGAGAGGUUUGAGAGACUCCAUAAGCAACAAAGCACCGGUCAGCAGAACCCUCCCAGUGCCCUCAGUCCUAUCGACCUCAGCCCUGUGGCCCCGGCUCCCGGCCAAUCAACGCCCGCUACGGCCACAACCGGCCAAUCAGCAGCCAGCAGUCAGGCUAACCACAGUGCGGUCGCUAACCACAGUGCGGAGGAGUUUGACAUGUUUGCGCAGACACGAGGCUGCUCAUUGGCUGAGCAGAGGAAGAGUGUUCGCUACGAGGAUCCUGGCGCUGUCGAAGGUUUGGCCGGGGCUCUGGACACCCGGUUGCAGGUGACAGGCGUGAUGCCGGCAAAGCAGAAUCCCCCGAUGAGUGAGGUUGACCGGUGGUUAUCUGCUGACAUGCAAGAUCAGGCUGCUGUUUCUGAAGGGGUUACCAGUGAAGAGUUUGACAAGUUCCUGGAGGAGAGAGGAAGAGAAAGUGUUGAACCAUCGCGCCCAUUACAGCCGUCCACAUCCAGACUGCCCACGCAACCUGCCCAGCAACAGGAAAUGUCACAUGACCAGCUGUUUUCACUGUGAGGAGUUUCAGAGGCAGAGUAGACAUAUUGGUCCGUAGAAACUAGCCAAAUCCUAAGAAAUAUCACUGGGUAACUGACACACACACACACACACACACACACACACACACACACACACACACACACACACACACACACACACACACACACACAUAUAUAUAUUCUCUCUUUCUCUUUCUCUUUCUUUCUGGAAAGUAUGUCCUAAGUGCCUUUGAUAUUCUUGUGAUUUUUUUUUGUCUUUACACAGAGAUCUUUACCAUCCCUAAUUUUAUAACAUAUUAUACUUAAGUAGAAAAGUGUGUCAUUCUCUUUUGAAAUAAUUGUGCCAAAAUGUACUUCCCAGAGAAUUGCAACUUAGUAUGGACUAUGUUUUUGAGAUAAUGUAUUUAUGAAAGGUGUAAUGAUGUGAAUAUAACAUUAAUGUGUACAUGGUGGACCUAUGCCCUUUGAUUUCUACACCAUAUCAAUGAUUUUGCUUCAGUCUUAAGAAAAUUAGAUAUUUUCAAUAAUUAUGGGAUUAUGUCGCUAUGUAUUACUCGGCUGAUCAUUUGAUAUUGUGAACAUCAACAGCAUUUUUUUAUGAAGUUAUUCAACAGGAGACUAAGAACAACAAUAAAAAAAACGUGAUAACA